UGAGGUGGCUGGGAAGAUGGCGGCGGCGGCGGCGCUGAUUGGGGUGUCGCUGCUGUUGGGCGCGCUCGUGCUGCUGCUGGUCGCGGCGCUGGGCCGGGGCAAGGCGCGGGGGGCGCCCGCCGCGCAGCCGCCAGAUGCCGCCGUAGCCAACGGUGCCGCCGCGGGCAGGACGCGGGAGCCGAAGCGGCCCAAGCUGCCCUCGCGCGGCCGCCGGGAGAAGCUGCCGCAGCACAGUUUCGCGCACCCGCUGCUCGCCGCCGCCCUCAAGGGUCACAGCGGCAGCGUCACGUGCCUCGACUUCAGCAGCAACGGCAAGUACCUGGCGUCGUGCGCGGACGACCGCACCGUGCGCGUCUGGAGCACUCGUGACUUCCCGGAGCGGGAGCACCGCUGCCUGCGCGCCAACGUGGAGCUGGACCACGCCGCCCUGGUGCGCUUCAGCCCCGACUGCAGAGCCUUCAUCACCUGGCUGGCUAAUGGGGAGACCAUUCGUGUGUAUAAAAUGACCAAGAAGGAAGAUGGGAGUUUCACUUUCACUGCUGCCCCUGAGGACUUUCCAAAGAAACACAAAGCCCCCAUCAUCAACAUUGGAAUUGCUGAGACAGGGAAGUUCAUCAUGACGGCUUCCAGUGACACUACUAUACUUAUCUGGGACCUGAAGGGUGAAGUCCUGGCCAACAUCAACACUAAUCAGAUGAACAAUGCCUUUGCAUCCGUAUCUCCUUGUGGGAGGUUUGUGGCAUCCUGUGGCUUCACCCCUGAUGUGAAGGUCUGGGAAGUGUGCUUUGGCAAGAGUGGAGACUUCCGAGAAGUGGUCAGGGCUUUUGAGUUGAAAGGCCAUAGUGCUGGCGUGUACUCUUUCUCAUUCUCUAAUGACUCCAGACGGAUGGCAACAGUUUCAAAAGAUGGCACAUGGAAGCUGUGGGACACUGACAUAGAGUAUAAGAAGCAACAAGAUCCUUAUCUGCUGCUGACAGGGAAAUGUGAGGUGUCUGAGCCUUGUCAUAUUGCCUUGUCCCCCGAUGCCCGGGUAAUGGCCAUCUCUUGUGGCACUAAUAUCAUUAUGUACAACACCCGAAGGGGAGAGGAGGAGGAGCGCUUUCUCAACGUCCACGGAGAGUACAUCACGGACUUGGCCUUUGAUAUUAACAGUCGUUACUUGGUGUCGUGUGGAGACAGGGCCAUUCGGGUGUUCCACAACACAGCAGGCUACCGGGCUGUGAUGGAGGAAAUGAAAGGGAUGCUGAAAAAAGCUACUAAUAUGGCCACCAGAGAGAGACUGCAGCAGCAGAUCACAGAUGCUCAGAGUGCACUGGACAGUAUUUCAGCCAAGAAGGACUAACCUCAGUCUACUGGGAUCAGUGUAUGUGCAACCUCUCUGAGUGUGUCAAAUCUCCCCCAAUACCAUGUGAUGCAAGUGCUCUGUGCUGCUGUGCACAAUGUGGUGGCGCUAUUAAUGACCGAUUUGCUGACUUCAGAGAGUAUCUGAAACAUGGCUCUGAACAUUGUUGUUGAUGCAGCCCAGCCGUAAAGGUGAAAUGUUACUGUAAAAGGGUAGUCAAGAAACCCUGAUUUAAGUUGCAUACUUUAAUCUUGUAUUCGGAUUAUUUAUCCAUAUCUGUAUUUUGAUUCUCAGUUCUUACUUUUUUAUUACAUAAAAAAUGCCAUGGAUUCUGCCAA